AAUGCGUCUUAUCCAUUUAAUCAUUUUAAUUAUUCUAUUAAUUAGUAUUUGUUCACUAUCUGGACAGGCGGCUGCUGAGGACGGGUCAACUUUAAAAAAAUUUUUAAAGUCUAAAAAUAAAAAAAUCUUCCAUUUUAGCACCCUUUCACGAGUUAAGCGUUUCAAAAAAUGGAAAAAACGUUCUUCCUCCUUCUCCUCUUCAAGCAGCCAGCGUGGGUAUUAUGGACGACGUCACGGCUAUGGGCACGGAUAUGGAGGGGGAUAUGGGAAUGGCUAUGGAAAUCAUUAUGGAUAUAAAAAGAGAGGAAUGCUUACACGAGUAGUGGACAAAAUAACUGGAAGAAGACAUUACUGAAGCAAUAAAAAUUAAAAAAAAAUUAAAAAUAUUGAUAAUACCGCCUGUAGGGGUCAACUGACUUUCAGGCCCUAUAACUUCUGAAGGAAUAAAUAUUUUUAGACAAAUUUGGUACCAUUCGAUAG